AUGGCUGAAUCCAGUGAAUCCGGACCGAUCGCGCGCGCCACCAAGCCCGUCAGCGAGGCUUUGCUUAACGAGAAGUGGGACCGCGCCAUCUCCUCUGUGCUCAUCAAGUCCUCCCUCGGUCUGUCUUUCGGUGUUGUCUUCUCGGUCCUCCUCUUCAAGCGCAGAGCUUGGCCCGCGUGGGUUGGUCUCGGCUUCGGUGCCGGACGUGCCUGGGAAGAGGCUGAUGCCUCCUUCCGCCGCGGUGACUCCCCUAUCCGAGAUGCUUUGCGCCGUUAA